GGACGGAGGCGGAGGCGGCAAAGGAAACGGCGGCGGCGGCAGAGGCGGCGCGAGUGGUCGCGGAGGCGGCGACGGAGGCGGCGCGAGUGGAGGCGGAGGCGGCGACGGAGGCGGCGCGGACGGAGGCGGAGGCGGCGAAAGAAAAGGCAGCAGCGGCGACGGAGGCGGCGCGAGUGGAGGCGGAGGCAGCAACAGAAAAGGCGGCGGCGGCAGAGGCGGCGCGAGUGGAGGCGGAGGCGGCGACGGAGGCGGCGCGGACGGAGGCGGAGGCGGCAAAAGAAACGGCGGCGGCGGCAGAGGCGGCGCGAGUGGAGGCGGAGGCGGCGACGGAGGCGGCGCGAGUGGAGGCGGAGGCGGCGACGGAGGCGGCGCGGACGGAGGCGGAGGCGGCGAAAGAAAAGGCAGCAGCGGCGACGGAGGCGGCGCGAGUGGAGGCGGAGGCAGCAACAGAAAAGGCGGCGGCGGCAGAGGCGGCGCGAGUGGAGGCGGAGGCGGCGACGGAGGCGGCGCGGACGGAGGCGGAGGCGGCAAAAGAAACGGCGGCGGCGGCAGAGGCGGCGCGAGUGGAGGCGGAGGCGGCGACGGAGGCGGCGCGAGUGGAGGCGGAGGCGGCGACGGAGGCGGCGCGGGCGGAGGCGGAGGCGGCGAAAGAAAGGGCAGCAGCGGCGACGGAGGCGGCGCGAGUGGAGGCGGAGGCGGCGAAAGAAAAGGCGGCGGCGGCAGAGGCGGCGCGAGUGGAGGCGGAGGCGGCGGCAGAGGCGGCGCGGACGGAGGCGGAGGCGGCGAAAGAAAAGACGGCGGCGGCGGAGGCUGCGCGAGUGGAGGCGGAGGCGGCGACGGAGGCGGCGCGGACGGAGGCGGAGGCGGCGAAAGAAAAGGCGGCGGCGGCAGAGGCGGCGCGAGUGGAGGCGGAGGCGGCGACGGAGGCGGCGCGAGUGGAGGCGAAGGCGGCGACGGAGGCGGCGCGGGCGGAGGCGGAGGCAGCAAAACAAAAGGCGGCGGCGGCAGAGGCGGCGCGAGUGGAGGCGGAGGCGGCGACGGAGGCGGCGCGGGCGGAUGCGGAGGCGGCGAAAGAAAAGACGGCGGCGGCAGAGGCGGCGCGA